UGAUUUCGAGCAAUGAAACCCAGAGCGCGGGGCUGCGGUCGGAAAGGGACCCCCUUCUCUCCUCUCUCGGCCGGUUUGUGUGAUUUUGCUAAAAUGCAUCACCAACAGCGAAUGGCUGCCUUAGGGACGGACAAAGAACUCAGUGAUUUACUGGAUUUCAGUGCGAUGUUUUCACCUCCUGUGAGCAGUGGAAAAAAUGGACCAACUUCGUUGGCAAGUGGACAUUUUACUGGCUCAAAUGUAGAAGACAGAACUAGCUCAGGGUCCUGGGGGAAUGGAGGACAUCCUAGCCCGUCCAGGAACUAUGGAGAUGGAACUCCGUAUGAACAUAUGACAAACAGGGACCUUGGAUCACAUGACAAUCUAUCUCCUCCUUUUGUGAAUUCCAGAAUACAAAAUAAAACAGAAAGGGGCUCCUAUUCAUCAUACGGGAGAGACUCAAACUUACAGGGUUGCCACCAGCAAAGUCUCCUCGGAGGUGACAUGGAAAUGGGCAACCCCGGCGCUCUCUCGCCCACCAAACCUGGCUCUCAGUACUAUCAGUAUUCUAGCAAUAACCCGCGAAGGAGGCCCCUGCACAGUACCUCUGUGGAAGUACAGACAAAGAAAGUUCGAAAGGUUCCUCCAGGUUUACCGUCUUCAGUUUAUGCCCCUUCUGCAAGCACUGCCGACUACAAUCGGGAUUCACCAGGCUAUCCAUCCUCAAAACCAGCAGCGAGCACUUUUCCUAGUUCUUUCUUCAUGCAAGACGGUCAUCACAGCAGUGAUCCGUGGAGCUCCUCCAGUGGCAUGAAUCAGCCUGGUUAUGGCGGGAUGUUGGGCAAUUCUUCUCAUAUUCCACAAUCCAGUAGCUAUUGCAGUCUUCAUCCCCACGACCGCUUGAGCUACCCAUCACACUCCUCAGCAGACAUCAAUUCCAGUCUUCCUCCAAUGUCCACUUUCCACCGUAGUGGCACGACCCAUUACAACACUUCUUCCUGUACCCCACCUGCAAACGGAACAGACACCAUCAUGGCAAACAGAGGAAGCGGAACUGCUGGAAGUUCGCAGACAGGCGAUGCGCUGGGGAAAGCACUUGCAUCUAUCUACUCUCCAGACCACACCAACAACAGCUUUUCAUCAAAUCCUUCAACUCCCGUUGGUUCUCCCCCUUCUCUCUCAGCAGGCACAGCUGUUUGGUCUAGAAAUGGAGGGCAAGCAUCAUCAUCUCCCAAUUAUGAAGGUCCCUUACACUCUUUGCAAAGCCGGAUUGAAGACCGCUUGGAACGACUGGAUGACGCUAUUCAUGUUCUUCGGAACCAUGCAGUGGGGCCUUCGACGGCCAUGCCUGGUAGUCAUGGCGACAUGCAUGGAUUAAUAGGGCCCUCUCAUAACGGAGCCAUGGGAGGUCUUGGAUCAGGAUACGGAACAGGCCUUCUUUCAGCCAAUAGGCAUUCGCUAAUGGUCGGGGCUCACCGUGAGGAUGCGGUUGGUCUCCGCGGCAGCCAUUCGCUCGUGCCAAACCAGGUUCCCGUUCCGCAGUUGCCAGUGCAGUCUGCUACGUCUCCCGACUUAAACCCGCCCCAAGAUCCAUACAGAGGAAUGCCAACUGGACUUCAAGGGCAAAGCGUGUCUUCAGGGAGCUCCGAAAUCAAGUCCGAUGACGAGGGAGAUGAAAACCUCCAGGACUCAAAGUCUUCUGAUGACAAGAAGUUAGACGACGACAAGAAGGAUAUCAAAUCAAUUACUAGGUCAAGAUCUAGCAAUAACGACGAUGAAGAUCUCACACCAGAGCAAAAGGCAGAACGCGAAAAAGAACGGAGGAUGGCCAACAACGCCCGCGAGCGCCUCCGUGUCCGUGACAUCAAUGAGGCCUUCAAGGAGCUGGGCCGGAUGGUGCAGCUCCACCUGAAGAGUGACAAGCCCCAGACCAAACUCCUGAUCUUACAUCAAGCCGUAGCUGUUAUUCUCAGCUUAGAGCAGCAAGUCAGAGAAAGGAAUCUGAACCCUAAAGCAGCAUGUCUGAAAAGAAGGGAAGAAGAGAAAGUAUCUUCGGACCCUCCUCCGCUUUCUUUGGCAGGACCCCACCCUGGAAUGGGAGACACAUCUAAUCAUAUGGGACAGAUGUAAAAAAAAAAAAAGGUCCAAGUUGCCACAUUUUCUUCAUGUAAACCAGAGACCACUUCCUUAACAGCUAUAUUAUCUUAAACCCACAUAAACACUUAACCCCCCUUUUUUGUAAUAUAAUAAGACAAGUCUGAGUAGUUAUGAAUCACAGACGCACGAGAUUUCAGCAUUCCCGAUUCUGAAA